AUGAGUAUAUUCACACCAGUUAAUAAUAAAACACUGACUAAUGUCACUACAGUCAGGUUCAAGAAGGGUGGCUCACGAUUCGAAAUAGCUUGCUAUCCCAACAAAGUGCAAUCAUGGAGAACUAAAGUUGAGAAAGACUUGAAUGAAGUGAUACAGAUACAUAGAAUAUUUACAAAUGUAUCAAAGGGAAUCGUAGCAAAGAAGGAGGAGUUGGUAAAGGCAUUUGGUACCGACAAUGAGUCAGAGAUUCUAUUGCAGAUCUUGGAAAAGGGAGAGCUACAAGUGUCGUCAAAGGAGCGCGAGAACGAAUCCGAACAGAAAUUCCGUGAUAUCGCUACGAUCGUGGCGGAGAAGUGUGUCAACCCAGAGACACAGCGCCCAAUCCCCGUGGGCAUCAUUGAGAAGGCGAUGAAGGACGUGCACUACAGUCUGCACCCGACCAAAUCGUCCAAACAGCAGUCACUGGAGGUGAUCAAACAGAUCUCGGCGAUCAUCCCCAUCCAGCGUGCACAGAUGCGUCUCAACAUCAACAUUGCCAUCAAGGACACAAAGGCGAUCCGCGAUAAGCUGGCACCAAUGCUGGCCAAGAUCGAAGAGGAGGACAAUGACAACGGUCUGUCACUCGUGUGUCUUGUCGACCCGGGUGCAUUCAGAAAGCUGGACGACUUUGUCAAGACUGAGACCAAGGGCAAGGGAUUCAUCGAGAUUAUGAAUCUGGCCGUUGCCAAGGAAGGUGACUCCAAGGUUUAA